GUUUUUUUUUUUUUUUUUUUUAAUCGAACCUUCGUCCUUUCCCCACCCACCUCUUCUGCUGCUAUUGCUGCUGCUGUGGAGCACACUAAGAACAACUGCAACAAUCCCAGUUCUCGUUGAAUUUUAUUGAACGCACUCGCGAUGGCUCCGUCAGACCCACCAAACGGGACAUGCGGGUACCCGUACCUGGGCUUUCCCACUUGCACGGAAACGUAUGCCGAUUCGAUGGGCGCCUCGUUCACCAUCUUCCACGGCAUUUACGGCACAGUAGCUGCAGUGCUGUUUGCGGCUGCGCUGGUGUGCUACGUCCGCAUCGCAAACAAACUCGGCACGUACGAUCCACGCAAUAACCAUCUGGUGCUCAUCUUCCUCAUGAACGUAAUUGGCGCCUGCAUGUGCGCCCGCCUUAUCGAUCCGCUCACCUGGGGAGGCAUCACUCCCCAAUGGGUUGACGGCCUUCUCUUUUGCAACGGAUCCAACGCCGCCAUGACUGCAGCAAUCAUGACAUACAUGUCGUGGAUUCGCUUCUACUCGCGAACAAGCUUCUCGAGGCGCUUGGAGUCAUUCAUCCGCUACCCGUACUACAUUUGCCUGGUUGUGCUCUGGACUGUGCCCAACGUGCUGGUGCUGCUGUCCUACCUGAUGGGCCCGUACUAUGCGCUGUCGGGUCUGCGCUACAUGAUCUACACUGUGAUUCUGUGCGUGUGGGCCUUCUUUGGCAGUAUCUUUGGCAUCACUGUCUACCGCUCGCUGGACUUGGCCCAGAAGCGCUAUCUUGCACUGCUGGGGAUGCCCAGUGCUGCCGUCAACUACGAGGCUACCGCGGCGGCCUUUGUCGUGCCCCAAGUCGCCAUUACGAGCAAAGGUGAAGCGCGACGCAACGAGCGCAACCGGGAGCUCCACCGUGUUCACGUGCUGCGCCGCCUGCUGCGCAUGAUCCACGCGGCCGUCAUCCUGACGGUGAUUGCGACAGCAGUGCUCGUGUACGUCGCCACGGUCGACUUUGUGCAAAAGAUUGAGUUUGACGCACACCUGCCUCCCACCCCUUCCAACAUCGAGCUCUUCAAGAAGUUUUUGCCCGAGCUGGUCCACAUCCUGAUGCUGAUUGCUGGUAUCGUGGCAUUUGGCCAGUUCUCCGACGUUACCCGACACCUUGACAACAACAGCGGUGGUGCCUCGUCCAACCGCACCAGCAGCGUUGGUAUGGAGAAGAACAUGUAUCGCAUCGACGCCAACAACAACAGCAUCCACUCGGAAAGCGACUGCAAGUCGGACGAUGCGCUUGGCAGCGUCCACAACCUCACCCGACUGGCAGCCGACAGUGGCAUCGACCUGCGGGCCGAGGGCGUGGACUCUCGCGCCGAGACUCUGGACAAGUGUUCGGAAUUGGCGGAUGACUCGCUGCCACCCUCUCCGAUGGUAGAUGUGGAAGUGGUGCAAAUCACCUUCGAUUCUGGCUCUGGCACCACGACCCCAGCCACCCCUGAUGCCGCAGAGUUUGUGUAAAGUCGAAGCUGCGAAGACAAGUCUCCAGCCAUCGCUAUUCUCUCCUCCUCCUCCUCCUCCUUCCAGUAAUUAUUCCUCUUUGCGACUCUUCGCAAGAGAUCAUUAUCUUGUCCGUAUAUUUGUUUUUCCUGCCAGUGUUUAAUAUCCUUUUCUUGUCAGCGAGUUAUUUUCGUCUUGCGUUCUUGUUCAGUACCGCCAGUCUGCGGGAUACUGUUUCAAGUUGGUUUAUCGUGUUAGUGCUACAUCUAUCAAGCAAUCGAAUAGAUUUUUUUUAACCUC